ACGACACUCUUCAUCGGUAACCCAAUCUCUCUCUCUCCUCUCUCUCUCCUCUCUCUCUCUCUCUCUCUCUCUCUCUCUCUCUCUAACAGAAACGCAAACGGAGACCUUGAAAUAUUCCAUUUUCAAAGAAGCGUUUCGUUUGAAGGUGAGUAUUCUGGCUCUACCGACCAUGGAAGCUUUCACACUCCUCAACUACUGGAAAGGCGCCGGCGCCGGCCCCGUUGGUGGUGAUGGAGCCGUCACUUUCAUGCCGGAUUCUAGCAUCCGGUCCCCCGCCGGGACCACCACCAUUAUCACCUCCAUAUCUGAUACCGACGCUGAGGACGACGCUGAUGGCGACGAUGCCGACGAUGAGGGACCGUUCUUCGACCUCGAGUUCGCUGUUCCAGUGGAGGAUGAGGAUGGCGAAGUCAACCACGAGGUUUCCGAGGAGGAGGAGCCGAGGGGCGGCGGAGACGCCGACGGAGGAAUAGGAGAGGAUUUCGGUGGUACGGACGGCGGCGAGGAGAUCAAGUUCACGCUCUCCUCGUGUUCUGGCGGCGAGGGCCGAGCAGCGGAUACGAACCUCGAGUUCUCUCCCUCAGACGAUGUGUUUUACAAGGGACGUCUCGUGGCGGUCGAACCGCCGUCCACCUCCACUGAGCAGAACGCCGCCGCCAAGGCUCCGGUGGCGCAGUUGUCAGCGUCGCUCCUGAAAUCCGCCACGAAAUUUCGCGUGUUCGUGCUGGGAUUGAAGAAAUUCAAACCAAGCAAUGCGAACACUGAGAAAUCGGAAGCUAAUUCCGGAUCUGAUGACGGUGACGGCGAAGGCGACAAACAGCAAUCUCCUCCGGCUCCGCAACAAAAAAAUACGCUCGCGGUGAAAUUGAAAGUAGAGGAGGUUCCGAUGAUCUCUCUCGUCACCAGAGACAAAAACUCCAGAAACUCAUCGUCCUCGUCUUCUUCUACUUCUUCGUCAUCCUCCUCGAAGAAGCAAAACGGCAACGAAUCUGCGAUUUCCGACGAGAAACGUUUCGUCAUGAUGCAGAAGUACAUGAAGAAGGUUAAACCUCUUUACAUCCGCGUUUCUCGUCGGUACAGCGAGAAGCUGAGAUUCUCCGGGCAGCUAAGCUUCGGAUCGGGAGCUCCGGUGAAAUCUACGGCGGAGAAAACGGAAGCUCCGGCGAAGAGCCAGAAGCCGCUGGGGAGCAUCAACAUCAACAUUCCGGCGGGACUUAAAGUAGUGAAGAAGCACCUCGGGAAGAGCCGGUCAUCUUCAUCGGCAACUCCACCAACGACGACCGAGGCGGGGGAGGGGACGGCGACAGCGACAGCGACAGCGACGGCCGGGGAGAAAUCGGGGAGGCGCGACGACUCGCUGCUGCAGCAACAGGAUGGAAUCCAAAGCGCCAUUUUACACUGCAAGAGAUCAUUCAACUCCUCUCGAGACGGAGGUUCUUCAGUGUUACCAAGAUCGGUGAGCGAUCCUUCCUCCUACGACAAAUGAACGAGAUCGAUCAACCCAAAUAAAAGGAGAGAACAAAAUCGCGAAGAAUGGGUAUGGUUUUUGUCAUUGUAAAUUUGUUCAUUUUGCUGCUGCGUUUGUUUUUAUAUAUGGCAAGUCGGUCAGUCUGAAACGUAUAUGUAGGAGUAAGUGAGAAAUGAAGGGGAUUUUGGUUUGGUCA